CAACUAUUGUAAAAUCCUUUAAUAUGAUUGGUUUAUACAUUAAAAUCCAUGAGGAACUAAUGGCAAGAACCAAUCAUAUCAAAGAUUUUUAUAACAGUUGCAAAGUGCUUUCUCUGCUGAACACAGCCAUUAUUCAAUGUAUUCAAUGAUCACGUUUUGUUUGGACAUAACCUAUUCUGUCUGAGUUUUGUAUGAUACACGUGUAAAAAAAUGGCUAAAUCCUUGCGCAGUAAAUGGAGAAGAAAAUGCAAAGCGAUUAAGAGGGAACGCUAUGCUGUAAAAGAGUUAGACAGAUUAAAAAAAACUCUUGGUAUUGAUGAUAAUUCAUCUAAAGAUGUUGAAAUGGCAAAUAUCAAUGAAAUCGCUACAGUUGUUGGUAAAAAAUUGAAAGAAAAUAUUGAAGCUAAGCAGGCAAAAGAUGCACAGCUUGAGACUAAUACAAGUGAAGAACAAAUGGAAGUGGAAGGUGCUAGAGUAUAUAAUAAGAAAACAUUGCGGGACCAGUAUGGCAAUUAUCCGGUAUGGAUGAGUCAUAGAAAGAUAAUGAAACACAAGAAAGGCAGAGCAAAAACACUGAAAGCAAACAGGAAGACAGGCAAGAGACUCACCAGAAAACAAAAAAAGCGAUAGAGAAAAAGAAUAAAAUCUUUAUAAAUUAUUAAAUUCAAUUUUA